UUCCCGGGAGGGCGGCACGGGUGAAGGCAGAUCUGAUUCUGGUUCAAGCCCCUUCACACUCCCCCCACUACCCCACGGCUCAGUUGAGCCAAAUUUUCAUUUUCCACCUUCUCCAUCUUUAGCUCUCCAAGGCCACCCCUCUCUCUGGUUGAGAGAGGGCUGCCCACUUCGAGUCUUACGGGCUCGGACUGCUGGAAACUUCAAGAGAUUUUUUUUUUCCUUGUCUUCUUUAAAGCCCCGUUUUGGGGAACGGGGUGUGGCGGGGAAGGAUGAGAAACUCAGUUCUGCUCUGCCUCUGGAGCGCCUAUUGUUGCUUUGCCGCGGGAGGCCCCACACCCCUUGGUCCCGAGGGACAGCUGCAAGAUGAGCUCAACAUAUCCAGGGUUGUACCGGCUGCUGCCAAACCCCCUGUGAGAUUUAACCUCCGCACCUCUGAGGACCCAGCGCAUGAAGGAUGCUACCUCUCCUUCGGCCACAACCAGCCCUUAGAAGACUGUGGCCUCAACAUGACAGCCAAAACCUUCUUCAUCAUUCAUGGGUGGACGAUGAGCGGCAUGCUUGAAAGCUGGCUGCACAAACUCGUGUCAGCCCUGCAGACAAGAGAGAAAGAAGCCAAUGUCGUGGUGGUAGACUGGCUCCCGCUGGCUCACCAGCUUUACACAGAUGCGGUCAAUAACACAAGGGAGGUGGGGCACAGCAUCGCAAGACUGCUCAACUGGCUGCAGGGGAAGGAGGAUUUUUCUCUCAAGAAUGUUCACUUGAUUGGCUACAGCCUUGGCGCUCACGUGGCUGGGUACGCUGGCAACUUCGUGAAAGGCACCGUGGGCAGAAUCACGGGUUUGGAUCCUGCUGGGCCCAUGUUUGAAGGGGUGGACAUCCACAAGAGGCUGUCCCCUGACGAUGCAGACUUCGUGGAUGUCCUGCACACCUACACGCGCUCCUUUGGCUUUAGCAUCGGGAUUCAGAUGCCCGUGGGUCACAUCGACAUCUACCCCAAUGGAGGUGACUUCCAGCCGGGCUGUGGGCUCAACGAUGUCUUGGGGUCAAUUGCAUCUGGAAUGAUCGCAGAGGGGGUGAGAUGUGAGCACGAGCGGGCAGUAUACCUCUUUGUUGACUCCCUGGUGAAUCAGGACAAGGCGAGCUUUGCGUUCCAGUGCACGGACGCCAACCGCUUCAAAAAGGGGAUCUGUCUCAGUUGCCGGAAGGACCGUUGUAAUAGCAUUGGCUACAAUGCCAAGAAAACAAGGAACAAGAGGAACAGCAAAAUGUACCUGAAAACCAGGGCGGGCAUGCCUUUCAGAGUUUACCAUUAUCAGGUGAAGAUCCAUGUCCUCAGCUACAAGAACCUGGGAGAAACCGAGCCCAACUUUUAUGUCACUCUUUACGGCACCAAUGCAGACUCCCAGAGUCUGCCUUUGGAAAUAGUGGAGGAGAUUGGGCUGAAUGCCACCAACUCCUUCCUGGUCUAUACCGAGGAGGACUUGGGAGACCUCCUGAAGAUCAAACUCACCUGGGAGAAAGCUUCUCUGUCCUGGUACAACCUGUGGAAGGAGCUUCGCAGCUACCUGUCUCAGUCCCGCAGGCCCGAGCAAGAGCUGAAUGUCAGACGCAUCCGGGUCAAGUCCGGGGAAACCCAGCGGAAAUUGACUUUUUGUGCAGAAGAUCUUGAGAACACCCUCAUUUCCCCUGGCCAAGAGCUCUGGUUUAACAAGUGUCAGGAUGGCUGGAGAAUGAAAAAUGAAACCAGUCCAAUCCUGGAGCAUCUUUGAAGGUGCCUGCAAGGCCCCCCGCUCCCUGAUUUCUAAGCACAUGGAGGAAUGUUACUGCUGAGGACCCAGCUGAUGGAAAGACCCUUCUUGGCCUUGACCUUGGAGCCCAGCGCUGUGCCUCCCAUCAUGGCUGGGACUUCUUGCCGGAAGAGACACACACUGCUUUUCCCGCUGUUCCGGCUGCUGUGCUAGGAUAGCUCUAAUUCCAGAGCUGUGUGCAAACGGCCGACGCCCUGGCCUCUGUGCACACUGGGCUGUUUUCCCAGUGACCAGAUGAGCCUGUGCUUCACCCGACAAGGAACACAGGCUCUGAGUCACUCUGCGUGGAAGGGGUCAGCUGCCUGACCUGAGUCGUAGUGAGAGGUCUUUCUGCUGGGAGCUGACGCUAGUCAGGAUUGCAGACCUGGGAACUUGUUCAUCUGGGGAGGGGAGAGUUUACCUGGGGAGGUGCUGAGGCCCUUGUGCUUGGGGUUCAGUGGGUAACUGGUAAUAUGUACUGGUUACAUUUUAUUCCGUCCUGCUCCCCAACUCCCUCUCUAGAGCACACAUCAUUGGCUUUGUUAUUUUUCCAUUGCUCAUUUUUUUAUUGAACAAAUGUUUAUGAUGCACUGAAACUUAAUUAGCACAUGGCAGUAGACACCUUAGUACAUCUCUGCAGGCCGUCUCCUCUUUUGAAACCUAAUGGGGUUGGGAUGUCUAGACUGCCUUCCUGUUUAGAUGAUCCAUGAAUAUGCACGUGAUGAAAGGCAUGAGGGGCACUGGGGGGGCUACAGGUUGUAAGAGUUGGGGACCCUGAGGCUUUAGGUGGCUUCUACCUAUUUCUUCUUAAAGUGCAUCUCCCUUAAGAGUGACAUCUUUGACCACCAGUGGAGUGGCAAGCAGAGUGUCAUACAUGUUGGGACAGAAUGGGUAAAAUAGCUGAAUAUGAUUGGCAAAAUCACUUCUGUGUAGGAAGAUGGAAGGUAUUACAUAUGUCACGCACGUCUGUUCAUACAGAAACCAGCACCUGUCGCACACCUGGUGCCAGGAUUUAACUAAUGCCGUGCUUCUCCUUGAAAUAUCUUGCUCCAAUACCAGUGCCCUUUCUGUGCUGAACUUCUUCGAAAAGCCCCUAAUUCUAGAUCUUGGUUUGAAUUAAUGUACAUAAUAUCUGAGGAGCCCUUUUAUAAUUUUCAAAAGAUUUGAAUGUGCAUCACUUAGAGACUCGCAGCAGGAGGUGAGCAGGGCAGCUACUAUUAUCUCUAUUUUGCAAAACCGAGGCUUAGUGAGGUUCAGCCGUGGGCCUGGAAUUGCACACCAGGUUGGUGGUGGAGCCGGGGGAGGACCCAGACUACCUGGAGGCACCGCCCGAGGUGUGCUCAUCUCUGCAACUUCGUCAGGACUCUUACAGUCGGUUCCCACCAAUGCGCCCCAGCUAUGACAAACAAGGAAUUUUUUUCAGAGCCUUCCACAAAACCCCAAAGUCUUUUAUUAAUAUAUAACUAGGAGAACAAUUGUGCCAAGGGGUUGGGAUUUUUAUGGAUGAGAUUUAUUUGCAAGGAGAUGUGAUGUCAGAUGGGGAAGGGGGAGAGUGAUUUUCUCUGUACUUAGGUUUUUAAAGGACAUUGUUUUAAUCUGUAUUGUGCCAAAGUUGUGUCAUUGUUCAAUGCCAAACCUCUGAAGACAUAACCAGUCAAAUACCUUAAUUCAAGGUAUUUUCUCAGUCCCAUGGUGUGCUUUUUCUGUGUGGUUGCUUUCUAGCCAAAGCAGAGCUUGCAUUAUUGACUGUGCAUACCGGUUACUUCUGCUUUUGUAAUGGAAGCCUUGGGAAUCAAAUCCUCAGUGGGUCCUGUAUUUAUACAUUUGGCUUGAAGACUUUUUUGUAUAUAAUGAUGCUUUUUUAAAUGCUUAGAAUGCUAUUUAUUUCUCAAGUGUAUAUAAUGUUUAAAAACAAAUAUAUGGUUACUUUUUACUUUACGAUUAACCGAUUUCAAGAUAAAAAAAAUUUUAAUAGUAAAAUAAUAAAAAUCUACAAAAUUAUUCGUGGUCUAGCAACUCAGUUCUUAAAAUUUGAAAGAAUUAUGGCUUCCUGAGGCUAGAGUUUGACAAAAAGUU